UCUUUCUUGAAGGCAUCAUGGCUGCCCUCAGACCCUUGGUGAAGCCUAAAAUUGUAAAAAAGAGGACCAAGAAGUUCAUCCGGCACCAAUCCGACCGCUAUGUCAAGAUUAAGCGCAACUGGCGUAAACCCAGAGGCAUUGACAACAGGGUGCGGAGAAGAUUCAAGGGCCAGAUCUUGAUGCCCAACAUUGGUUAUGGGAGCAACAAGAAAACCAAGCACAUGCUGCCCAGUGGCUUCCGCAAGUUCCUGGUCCACAACGUCAAGGAGCUAGAAGUGCUGCUGAUGUGCAACAAGUGAGUUGGUGGCGCCCUAA